AUGAAAGACAAGGUUAGCCUUCAUGGCGGAGAAGAUGUUGAAGUGGGAAAGAAUGGUGUUGCUUCAAAAGAUGGAGACCAAGGUGACUCGAUGGAGAGUUCUUCCAUUGGUGGUGAAUCAUCCUCAUCACCUUUGGCCUCUUCCGAAGAGAAGGAGAUCAGCAAAGAAGAAGAAGAGGUGGAGAGUGGAGCUUUGGGGUGUUUAGAUUGCCUAGAGGAGUCCCUUCCUGUCAAGAGAGGAUUAUCUUUGUUCUUCUCAGGAAAAUCCAAAUCAUUCACCAGUUUGUCAGAUGUGGCCAACAUGACUGCAAACGAUCUGACAAAAUCGGAGAACUCCUUCAACAAGCGAAGAAGAAUUCUCAUCGCAAACAAAGUGAGGAGAACUUCUUCCUAUAGGUCACUCAUCGGCAUGUCAUUACUGUCACCACCACCAUUAUUUCAAAAUCACAUCUCAGAAGAAGCUGGGGAAGCUGAUGAAGAAUCACAAAGCAACAAAGAAAAGAACAACUCCAAGUGUUUCGGAUCCAAUAGGUCCUUCUCAUUAUCUGACCUACAACAUGCUUAG